CGGCUCGCCCCUUACAGCUGCGGGAGAAGCGCUUCUCGCCGCCCGAAAAUGCUACAGCAACAAAAGCAACGUCGAAUGUUCACGGCUGCUCUCCUGGCACUUGUCUUCAUUCUGGCAGCAGUGAGUACCACUGAGGCUGGAAAAAAAGAGAAACCAGAGAAAAAGGCUAAGAAGUCUGACUGUGGGGAAUGGCAGUGGAGUGUCUGUGUGCCCACCAAUGGAGACUGCGGCCUGGGGACACGCGAGGGCACUCGCACUGGAGCAGAAUGCAAACAAACCACCAAGACUCAGAAGUGUAAAAUUCCCUGCAACUGGAAGAAGCAAUUUGGAGCAGAGUGUAAAUACCAAUUCCAGGCCUGGGGAGAAUGUGACUUGAAUACUGCCUUGAAAACUCGAACUGGGAACCUAAAGAGAGCUCUUCAUAAUGCUGACUGCCAGAAGACUGUCACAAUCUCAAAGCCCUGUGGGAAGCUUACCAAACCCAAACCUCAAGAAUCCAAGAAGAAGAAAAAGGAAGGCAAGAAACAAGAGAAGAUGCUGGAUUAAUGGAGCCGACUUGGGCAAUGUCUGCCUUUGCUUAUGCCUCAGACUUGAACUAAUGAAUUGGUAGAUCUGAUUGACGACAAAGGGAGGAAGAAGCUUUUUCACUCACCAAAGGUUUGUCUGUCUAAAUCUACAUCAGUUCACUUGAAGUAGUUCAGCUUUGAGCGUAAACACUGUUGCAUCAUUGUCUUACAUGCGUUAAUCUAGUCCACAUUUCACAGGGAGCUGGCAGGAGUUGGGAUUGAUGCUGAGACUUACAGUAUGACUUUCCAUUAGCAAACCUUAGAUACGACUUCCGUUUUCUACUUUUGUGAGUAAAAAGAAAACAAAUUCCCUGUACUUCUUCCAUCAUCUUUUGUCCCUUACAAUUAACUGCCCAUCUGGAUUGCAAAACAAACAUUCCUGAUAGUUUUUGAAAGAGGUCAGUCAAAUUCCCAUUGUUACAGUGGUAGCGUAGGGCGUCCAUGGAGAGUGUUUACAGAAAUCAAACAAUCAUACAAACAAAGCAUCACGCUAGGACCAGCAGGAAGUACAACAGUCCUGUGAGCAAAGGGCAUGAAAUAGGAAGACUUCCUCUGUACCUCUCAACCACAUACAUUUGGGUCUAUAUUUGCAUCUUACUGUUAAUGUAUAUAUAUCGUACUUUACUUAAAUGGCAGCCUUUUUCUGGGAGUUUUGAGUGCUCAGAAAAGAGAGAGAUGAGUUGCUGAACAUCAGAAAAGGGAGAUUCUGCAUCCAGCCUCUGGAUUUCAGCAAAUUUAAAUUUAGGGUAGUUUGUGUAUAGCUCCCACUACUUCCUCUAAGUAAGCUGAGCCAUGCUUCCAAGCAAUUAGGCUGUCUGUAUCUUGAUUUAAAUCAGUAUUUGAGGACUGGGGCAUUUUAGCACUUCAGCACGUCUCCUGGCAGAAGUGCCCCUAUUGAAAGAGAAUCAUUGCUUGUCAGCUUGGCAUGUUUCACAGACUACUAAGUGCAGCAAGACUAUAGCAUAAGUUAUGUUUUAAGGUAAGGCCCAAGGAGGGGAAAACAUUUGCUGUACAUUCAAAUAAAUACUAAUUUCUGGUUCUCAUCUUCUAAUCAUACUACUACUGGUACUGUUUUUUCAAAGGGAGAAAAAUAAGCAGAUAUACAGGAGUAAUAACUAUAAAACAUAUCAACAGACAAUGUAGCAUUGUUCACAGGGCCAAUGUCAAGAAGAAAGAAAUACUAUCAGGAGCAUUUUACGCAAAAUUCUUUUUCUUGCUUCUUUGAUUAGGGAAGGCAGGAUUACUUGGUGUCACAUUUGCUUUUUGGCUUUGCUUUAUUAUUGCCUUAAUGAAAAGUAGGUGCUUAUUGGAUGUUAUUGAAAUUACGGAGGGGUCCCACUCCAUUCUCAAAAGAAGGCAUCCAUCAGGGACAACCUGGCUUUCCCUCAGUCUAGGAGUCUGUUCUUUUUUCCUAUGCAUGAAUAUAUUUUUUGUACUCAGAUGCUAUUGGAAUUGCUCUGCAACAACAUUAACAAUGUAAACCUCCUGAUUUUCCAAAGCUAAAUAUUGUUCAGAUACACCAUUCUGACAUGACACAAUAAUCUUUUACGUCUCCCAAAGUCUCAUACUAAGGGGAAGCAUAUGAAUGAGGAUAGACAUCUCUUAUUAAAUCUUUUAAAACUCUCUAGGAGAGCAUCUUAUGCAAAGUUCUGACUAUAUUCUCUCCUGUAUGGGGACAGAUUGCACCUAUUGCCUGUCCUCCACCGCUCACCCCUAAUUUUGAUAGUAUUAGUAGGUUUUUCAACAAUUUUGCUAAGGCAAUCUACCUCCCAUCUAACAACUGCAGACAUUUUUGAUCCUUCCUAAUACUAAAGGAUAUAUCCUCCACAACCUGCUGACUUCUUGUAAAACAGUCCCAGCAAGCCUGUACCAUCUGAUAUCUCUUACUGUGACCUUCUAACAUUAAAAAUAAAUGAAACAGUGAACAUGUGUUCAUCAGAAGAUGACAGUAAACAAAGUAAUAUGAGAACGAGGAAAUCAGUUCUUUGUAUCUGUUGGGAAGGUGGCUUGCUCUGUCAUAGCUCAACCUGAGUGACGCUUCCUAUGAAAAAGCAUCACACAUAACGAAGAGUAGAGAGCGUGAUGAAAGAAUGGCUACUCUCAAACAGAAGAGCCCCUUAGCUACAUAAGCAGAGCAAGAAGUUGGAUAAUUUCCCAAUGCAUUCUCUUAUACCUUUAGAUUAAAGGAAAGAAACAUGGUGCAUAGAGCUUCAUGUAUAGUGAGUACUGUCUGAGCAAAUUAGAGUGUGGAACGACCCUAUUAAACUCCAUGAAUAAUUGAAUUUGAAGAAGGUCUGGAUGGUAUUUUUCAUAGCAACAGAAAUGUUCAUGUACUUUUGGACUAAAACUAAACAAUGAGGUUCCCCUUCUGCCACUCUUCUGCCUUGUGGCCCCAUCACUCUGACCUGAGCAGAAAUGAGAUAUUUCAGGGAAAACAUGAGAACUCAGCUAUAUUCUCUGUCAUCACAUUGGUAGGGCUGUGCUCAUUUCUGCAGGUUUUCAUUUAAAUGUGGAGUAUCUUGGUGUCACAAGUUGCUAAAAAGUAAGUAAUAUAUCUAAAAUCACAAUGAAACUGAAAGCGUGAGUCCAGUGUGUGAUUUUUCUGAUGAAACGAAACAGAGACUCUCCAAGUGUUCCUAUUGUGGAAAGUCAUUCAAGGUUAAAGACCGUACGAAAACUUUAGCAUUGAAGACUGUGAUGUAAAGCUAGGAAAAUGAAUAGCCUCUGCAGGGCUGUUUUACCUUUAGCCAACUUCAUUUAAUUAAUUACACUGUUUGAAUUCCCUCAGCCUAAUCUGCUUGGCAACCAGACACUAUCUAACUUUUCUCAAUGGGUGAUUCAUUACACUUCCUAUAUUAUAAUUAUAUAGCUCAUCUAGGUUAUUACAGCUGAAGAAAAUGGCUCUGGUAGUCCAGAGACUGUGUUGAUCACUGAAGGGACUUGCAGCAGAUGUAGGCUACUACUGCUGCCUCUUGCAGCUAGGAACCACAUCAUCAGGAUGUCAGUCAAACACAGCAUCUUUAAAUAUACACUCGUACAUAUUGCAUGUAUACAAAGAUCCAUGUACGUUGAAGCAAAAGUUAAAAAAGAGCAUCCAUAACUCAAAAUGUGACUCACAACUGGUGCUGCCAUGUUUUAAAGCUAAAGCAGAAGUGAGAGAACUUUUGGCCUGUGUUCUAUUUUUUUUUAAAAUAAAAGAGUAGUAUAUAGGCUGGAGAGUCAGAUUUCUUCUCUUCUGCAGCAUAAUAUUUUAAGGAUAGCUGUGCCCAAGGAAAAUGCAAACACACACCAACAAAAUGGCCAAUAGGACUUAGUAUCAAAGUGAUACUCUCUUCUGUCACAAUAAGAACAUGGAAGGUCUUUAUUCAAAGCUUCAAAGUGGAAGAACUGAUUAAGUGUGAACAUAGAAACCUAAGAAGAAAAAGGCUUUUUCUCUGCAAAGAAAGAGUGAGGAAAAAAUAAAGAAAAAAUUAAAAAAAAAAAACAAACACACAAAACAAAACAGAAAUCCUCUUGAUACCUGUGGUUUGGGUGCUAAGUAAGAGAAGAAAUGAAAGUCAAAGUAACAAAUUAAAGCCCGAGUAUCAUGUUCAAUGGAUUUCUAAUUCUGUAUAUAUCUAUUAAACCAGUUCUAUAUAUCUUCUCAUGGGUUAUGUUCUUCAUGCUGUUCCUUUUUUUCUUUUAUUUUUUCCAGUUUGUAUAUUGAUUUUGUAAGCUAGUAGUGUGUUACCUUUUCAAUUUUUUUAAACUUGUAUGAAAGCCAUAUAUCCAUAUUAUAGAAUGAAAGCAUUAAUCCUGUAACAUCCUUAAUGUUUCCCUUAGCUCUGUGGGAUUGUGGGAGGUUCUAGCGAAUGUAUAUGUUUACCAAUUGUAUCAACAUAAUUUACUUGCUCUUAGUGGCGAUAAAGAAUUAAAUAAACUAAUACACUGAAACGUGGUGUCAUCAUUUGGUU